UUUGCAUCCUUCUAAUUCAUAUCGUCAAACCAGUGUGGUGCAUUUUGCGCAAUGGCUACCGACAUCGACAUCAUCAAAGGGCGCCAGACUGUCCUCGUUACGGGAUGCACUCCCGGAGGCAUUGGCCAUGCGGUGGCGCAGGAGUUCCACGCCCGAGGCCUUCACGUCAUUGCCACGGCCCGUCGCGCUGAAGUCUUGGAAGACCUCGCGAGGCAAGGCAUGUCGACCUUCGAGCUCGACGUUACCAAGGCCGACAGCAUCGCCGCUUGCAAGCAACAAGUCGCCGCACUGACGGGAGGCCGUCUUGACAUUCUCGUCAACAAUGCCGGGAUGGGCUAUGUCACCCCCGCCACCGACAUCGACCUCGACGAGGUCCGCGCCGUGUUCGAGACCAACGUCUUCGGCGUCAUGGCCAUGGUCCAGGCCUUCGUGCCGCUUCUGAUCCCCGCCCGCGGUCUGAUCAUCAACAUCAGCUCGCUCUCCUCCCUCACCCCUUACGUGUUCGCCAGCGUCUACAGCUCGUCCAAGGGCGCCAUCAACUCGUACAGCCGCACCCUUCGCCAGGAGCUGCGCCCCUUUGGCAUCCGCGUCAUGGUCUCCAUUACCGGCACCGUGCGCAGCCAGACGGGGAACAAGCAGACGCAUCGCACGCUGCCGCCCGGCUCGCUCUACCAGCACAUCCGAGACGUGUUUGAGCGCCGUCUGACGUGGUCGCAGAACAACGGGACCGUCGAGACCCCUUGCUUUGCGAAGCAGCUCGUGAGCGAGGCGCUCCGUGGGGAGGGGUGGCUGGGCGGCUGGCUCGGUGGUACGCGCAACUGGUUCUGGGCUGGCGGUUUGGCUACUCAAGUCUGGCUUGCUAAGUUCUUUGGCGAGUGGCUGCUGGAUGAGAUUACGUAUCGUCGUUUUGGCAUGAAUAAGCUGGCUGCUAUUGUAAAGGCACAGGGCAUUAAGCGGAGUCCAUGAAGCGCAGAAGCGGUGACUUGGUUUGGAGAAUAUAAUAAUGCCUUGUGCACGACGAAGAAGAAUCCAAGUUGCUUUUCUGUUGAAGGUAAGGUCGUGUUGUCCGUUUACCACUCUAUGCACCGACAAUUUGUCUUCACAGUAUCUACUUUCUCAGC